AUGCAUGAUGUCCUUGACGUUCGUCAGAAACAACGAGCUGUUAUCGAGUUCCUGGUGUGUGAGAACGAGGCGAUGGGAAACAUCCACAAGCGAUUGCAGAAGGUGUACGGGGAGGAAACUGUCGAUCGCAGCAAAGUUUGCCGCUGGGCACAAAGAACAUCAGGCAAAGGUGGACAUGCGAACAUUUGCGAUUUGCCCCGCAGCGGUAGGCCACAGUCAGCGCGGACGGACGCCAAUGUUGAGACGGCGAACAACAUGAUCAAGGCGGACAGACGCAUAACUGUGAAACAAUUGUCUCUCCGACUGGACAUUUCAGAUGCCAGUGUGUGCAGAAUAUUGGAACAGUCGGGAUUUUCGAAGGUCCGUGCGAGAUGGGUCCCGCGGCAACUGACAGACGAACGUCAGUCUGAGAACCACGAAGGCGAUCACAAAAUUAAGGUAGACAGUGUUGCCACACCCACCUUACAGUCCUGA